AUGUUCAAAUUGUCCAAAUCUCGAUUUAGCACCGUCGUUUCCGAAGGUAGCUCCCGCAUAUCAUCGGUGCAAAGCAUGGACUUGAAAAGAGACCCUUCCGAACCGAGUCAGCAAAAAUGUAAAGAGCUGCAAACACAGAUCUUAAAUAUGUGGCGGCGAAUAUGGCUCSGKCUCUACCAAGUCCACGACAACCACGGACCUUAUCAUGUGGAAAGAUUGACCCAGCUCUAUUUGGGAGCAGGGAUGGCAGUUCCCGACAUGAUUAAUAAACCGGAAGACUCAUAUGGACGCUACAAAACAGCAAAAGGUCCAUUAGGAUUGCUAGGAUGUGCACUUGCGAGUCAAGGUGUCAGCCGCCUAAGGUUGUUUGAAGGGUUGUCAGUGGAAUCACUCAAAGCAGUCAUCCAGCUUUUGGAAUCGUAUAAACAUGAAGUUGGUGCACUGGGCGAGGUUUAUGAGCUUUUGCGCAGUCUCCAGGUCGGUUUGCGGGAGACAACGGAUCACGACGAGAAAGCUGUAUCGGAACAUUUUCCGCCACUGGCAGAGCCACUUGCUCGACGGCUCAUACAUCUUGAUGCUAGGUUGGAUGUUCUUGUGGCGGAUUUGGAGGAUGAGCACAUGGAAGCAUUCGGCGAUUCGAUCGAGAGAAAUGGGUGGCUAGUGAAGGAUAGGGUAUUUCCUAAAAGAAACUUAACCCCGACGAAGCAGUCGCAGUAG